AAAACAUCCGCCGCAGCCCUCAGGUGGGAUAAUUCUCCUGCUAAUUGCGGCGCUUUCUCAUCCAGUGCAGAUGUCAGAGACCUUCACUUUCGACGUGAGCUACUCGACAAGCUUCGAGGACAUCGAAAAGGUUGGUGCACAUUCGCAUCGCUUUGUGCAAAUUUUCUCAACAUUGGGCACAGCUUCGUCAACGCAUGCUUGCGUUUGUCACCGCCGAACGUCGCGACUAUCGCAGUGAAUUCGAUGUCCAAGUUCUGGGUACGCCGCUCCUGACGACGAGGAGCUGCAAGCAGCUGACUUUUCCCUCAGAUUUCCCGGAUCAGGCCAAGAU